GUCAGUGGAAGUUCCAAAACCACAUCAGCCCAAAAAUGUUUGCGUAAAAAUUGUAGUUUUUCACAAUGAAAUUAGGGAAAAUGGAGUUGUUUUUCGUGCAAAUUAUACUUGUCGCGUGGCUGUGCAUGGUCACGGCGCUAGAGGCUGACUUCAAGGGGUUUGAUGAUAAUAUUCUGUAUAAAAUCAAUUGGCCAGGAAAAACUGAUGACUUGCAGGAUGCCGAGGGCGCUGAGCCAAUGCUAGUCACCACGAGCAACAAGGAGAAGUACCAGUGCAUGAUCCCACCUGUUCAGACGGUUGAAGACACGAGCAGCGCCUCUUAUGUCGGUCUGGGUCCUCUGGAGUUGCUGAUGCCGCUCUUCGCCUCGUCGCAGUGCUCCAUCCGGAUAGAGAGCUACUGGACGUAUGAGGUCUGCCACGGGCAGUACGUGAAGCAGUUCCACGAGGAGAGAGACGGGAAAUCGGUGAAGACACAAGAGUAUUUUCUGGGUCGCUGGGACUGGAAGAAUGAUGCGCUGAAGGAGAAACUGGCACAGAAGGAUCAGGAGAAUACGGAACAUUUGAAGUACAAGAAGAUAGACAGUCUGAAUCUGCCCUACUUUGAGCUCGAGAUGGCCGACGGAACGAUCUGCGACAUCAACAAUGAGCCACGAGUCACGAAAGUUCUCUACGUCUGCUAUGCUCAUGGCAAGAAUGCCAUCUACUCGCUCAAGGAAACCUCCACGUGUAACUACGAGAUGAUCAUCCUGACACCCAAUCUCUGCUUGCACCCCAAAUUCCGGCCUCAGGAGACGGGUGACAACAAUAUCAACUGCUAUCCAGUGGGCUCAGCGCCUCAGAAGCCUCGCAACUUGCUGGCGAUGGAGGUGGACAGCAUGAAGCUGCGCUACCAGAAGCUCUCGAACGCUCAUCAAAAUGCAAAGGACACAAUAGCUGUUUUUAAAGUAGACGCAAAGGAUGGAACGCUGAGGAUGGAGAUUCUGCAGAAUGACUUCGAUGAGGAUGAAGUCAGUGAUCCUCUUGAAUCACCACCGAAGAAGGUGACAAAGCUCACGGACACCAUUACUGACACCACUCCCGUGGAGGCUUUCCUGCAGGGUAAACACUGCUUAACUGGGGGCACCGGCUGGUGGAAGUACGAGUUCUGCUACGGUCGCUAUGUGCGACAAUAUCACGGAGAGACAUCUCUCAUCCUGGGCUUCUUCGAUGAGAAACUGCAUCGCGAGUGGAUAGAAAAGCAUCCUCACAAGCGACCGAAGCCAAAGAACGUCCGCUCGGAGCUCACACACUUUUAUCAGGGUGGCUCAGAGUGUGACAAGACUGGUGAGAAGCGCGAAACGGAGGUGAAGCUGAAGUGUCUGGAGAAUGUGACGUCCAAGACGUUCGUAUCGCUGUACCUUCUCGAGCCACAGACCUGUCAGUAUAUUCUGGGCGUGGAGUCGCCGCUCAUUUGUGAGAUUCUGCAGAAGGCGGACGAUGAUGGACUCGUGGCGAGUGCGCAGAGUGUCCAGGAGGAUGAGGAGCGCGUUGUGGGUAAUGCCAUCAUUGAGGACAUCGACGUGAGAUUCGAGAACGACUGAAGGAAUGCGAGUGAGUGUAAAUAAAUUCUUACUUAGACCGUACAAGA